AUGUGGACGCUAGGCUUAAAAUUACUAUUAUUAUCUCAACUUUUAUCUAGUGCAAUUGCACAAGAUACUUCUCUUUCAACAACAACAGUUGCCAUAACUGAUACAACAACUACAACUUAUUGUCCAAAAUGUACCACAAUAAUUGAAACAAUAUUUAAAUCUUCCAGUUUAGCUUUAUCAUCCUCCAAUUACAAUUUGGCAUCAACAGUCACUUCCACCACCACUACUGAUUGGACUGGCUCUUUCAGAUCCACCUACUCUACAGAAACCACUAUCAUCACGGAUUCCCUAGGAUCCACCACACCUGAAGUCAUCAUCCACAUAGAGACUCCAAGCACUUCUACUGCUCCUCUUACCACAAUAACUUCCACCACCACUACUGGCUGGACUGGCUCUUUCAGAUCCACCUACUCUACAGAAACCACUAUCAUCACGGAUUCCCUAGGAUCCACCACACCUGAAGUUAUCAUCCACAUAGAGACCCCAGAUAUUUUCAAUAUUCAAACCACAAGAGUUAUUUUGACUAGCAGUAUCUUCCAGGUACCCGCAACAUCUUCCGGUAAAAGUGUAGAUACAUUCACCUCAUCUUCUAUUAGUUCCAAAGAUACAAACGUAUCUUCUUCUCAAACACACACAUUGUCUAUUACAAAUAGUUCAGUGAAAUCCAUUGUUUCUACUAAUAUUAUCCAAAGGUCAGCCUCAUCAAGUUUGAUUACAAUCGCUAGCAAUAAUCUACUAUCAAAAUCCACCACACAUGUCACUAUUAUUUUACAAAGUACUAGCAACAAACAGUUGACACACAGUACUUUGAACAACAAUAGCUCUCAAGCAAUAAAGACAAGCUCCUCUAAACAAAUAACUAUAACUACUACAGAUUCUAAAUAUAUUACAAUGAUAUCCACUAUUACUAGAUGCUCAUCCAACUUGUGCGACAUUUCUAAUAAUACAACAUAUAAUCAUGUUCCUUUUACUACCAAUUUUGAGGACCUUAUUUCAGUUAACAAAAAUGUUUCAACUACCUAUCUGUCUACACCAAAAUUUACUUUGACAAGUUCUGUAACUUCCAGCACCCUAUCAGCGAAUCACAACAUAUUUACAAAACCAACAGUUUCCUCAGAAUCCAAAGGAAUCCCAGUAAAUUUUAGUAACAUUAGUUCUUCGUUAAUGACAAAAAAUAUUUCUACCCAUAAAGUUAAUGUCACCAGUACAUUAAUUUCCACCCCUACUAUUACUACCAACAUGCCUUCAGUUAUACAAUACUCUUCAUACGCAUCACAAAAUACCUCUAAACAAUCCAAGACAACAAUCCCUGGUUUAAUAAGUUCGUCAAUAACUGCCUACAUCUAUGAAGGCAUCGGAAACAAUAAAGUCUUCAAUUUUGGAAACUCAUUUAUUGUUUGCAUAAUAGCACUAUUACUUUAA